UAUGCCCACCACUAUUAAGAUUAAUUAUCGAUUGAAAGUUCUGCUGAUUUCUGUACCUAUCUGCUUCUUUGCUAUCUGCUGAAUUAGCAUUUCGACAUCAUUGGAUUCAAUUUGUAAAAUAACUAUACAAGUAACUUGUGAUUCAUUAAUGUUGGUUGUUUAAACACCGAGAUGAUGAACAGAGAUAAACGAGAACCAGAAUAUCCAACUGAAUUGGAGUCGCAAUUUGUAUUGCGGCUUCCUGAAGAACCAGCAAAGACGCUCAGGGAAUUGUUAAAGUCAGGAGAUAGUUUAAAAAAUCGGCUCACCAUACAGAUGGAUAGUGACAUGAGGCACGGGCAGGUACGUUUAGAUCAUUGGCUAAUGCAUUCCAAAGUUGUAGACUUACCAACCAUCGUAGAGUCACUAAAGACUAUUGACAAUAAGAGCUUCUAUAAAGCUGCAGACAUUUGCCAAAUGAUGAUAUGCAAAGAUGAGCCCGAUCAACCAUCCACGGAGGAAGAGUCCCCAGCAAAGAACAAAAAGAAAGAUCCUUACAAAGUCGACAAGAAAUUUUUAUGGCCUCACGGAAUUACUCCACCAACAAAGAAUAUACGUAAGCGUCGCUUCAGGAAGACCCUAAAGAAGAAAUAUGUUGAAGCUCCAGAAAUCGAAAAGGAAGUAAAGCGGCUGCUGCGUGCAGAUAAUGAAGCAGUAAGCACAACAUGGGAGGUCAUAAAAGAAGAUGACGAACAAAACCCAAAACAAGAACUUGGUGCUGUUGCUCAUGUCAAACCCGAAAAGAAAACAAAAGCUGAACGCAAUGUAAAGCGUGAAUCAACAUCGGAUGCAACAAAUCCAGAAUCUUCAAAUGUUGUUGACAUAUUUGGAGGUGCAGUGAGCGAUAGUGACUUAGAGGAUGAAAACAUCAAUGUGGAAUUGGAAGACAGCCACCUGUCAGCAUAUGACAGCCGUCUGUCGGAUAACAGCUCCAUGCUAGGACUAGGCGAACCAUCAAGUAAACCUGACUCGCUGCCAAUAGAAUUUGACUCUGACAUGUUCCAUUCCCCACAAGGAGCUCACAGCAAAAAUUAUCCUAGGCACAGUCAUUCAGUGACAGCUGCUACAGCAAAUAACAUUAAAUGUGGUGGUAUUUCAUCGGAAGAAGAUGAAUACCAAUCUCGCGAUAUGUCCAAAGAAAAUAUGACAUUCCGCAUUGAACAACUUAAAGCUGAAGUAGAAGAAUUAAAGCAAAGAAGGCAAAGAACCCAGCAUGAAAUUGCAGGAAUGGAAAAUUUGGCCCUUCGUCAAAGAUUCCAGGAUAUAUUGCAUACAUUGAACCAAGAUAUUAUGUUUAAGGAAAUGGAAUACCAGGGCAUGCUCACGCUUCAAAACUCUGACGAUAUAUAACUCUAUCCUUUACAAAAGGUUUUGAGUCAAUUGGAAUUGUAAUAGAGCAAAGAGCAUGAAGUUGUCAGAAUGAUAACUUGAGCGAUUUGUCCACAUUUCCAAGAUAUUUUGCAUUCAUUGGAUUAACCCAUUAUUGACCAGUAAUGCAGAAUGAUCAGACACUUACCUUUCAACAUCUAGAAGAUGUUAACGUUCAGUGAACACUUUGGACAAUUUUGUAGACUAUAAGCUGUGGUAUAGGAUGGGUAUUAAUUAUAAUUAUAAACAUUUUUAUUAAAUUUAGCAAGUGAUAUGAAUACUAGUGAAUUGCAUAAUAUAUUAGAAGAGGUUCACCUUAUUCUCCCAUUAAGAAAUAAAAAAAGUAAUGUUUAUAAUUAUUAGAAUCAUUUUUAUUCAAUUUAAUAAUUAUAUUCAGGUUUAUGGUGUUCUUCAUAUUAUUAUGUUAUAGUAGAAAGAUUCACAUUAUUCGCAUAUUAAUAAAUAUUGCAAGUCAAUGCAACUAAUCAUGUCCACAAUUAUUAAGUACAUUAUAAUUCUAUUUGACAGAUAAUAUAGCUUUUGUGUGUUGAAUUACCUAUGUAGCAAUAGACUAUUACAUGUUAUAGUAUGCAGCUGCUGAACAUUAACCUUUAGUAAGUAAUGUUAUAAUUAUUAUAAUUAAACACUUAUUCAAUUCAAUAGAUAUAUUCUCUGUAGUAUGAUGUAUUAUUGAAAAAAUUUGCAUCAAUCUCAUAUUAAUAAAAUAUUGUAAUAAAAGUAAUUUGUCUAAAGUAAUCUAUAAUAUUUAUAAUUAUGAUUAUCCUGUUCUGUGAAAAAAUACAUUUUUUUUUCACCUUAUAUUAAUGGUGCUUAUAUAUCAUUAUUAAAGAUUUGAUCUUUCUAAAUCAAAAUAUUGUAUACAAAAAUAUUAUACACUUAUGGUAAUGUCCGAUAUACUUUUUUGUAGUAGUGUUUACUAAUUAAAUAAAAGGUUAAAAAUAGAAA